AAUACUUAACAUGUAAUAUCAAUUGUAGAUCCUGAUCAAACUACUGCUUAAAGACUUCAUCAUUCCUAAACUUCUAAAGCCCAUUUCUCUGUUGUUCCUAGUGAACCUUGUUAAACAUCAUAUGAAAUUAUUGAGAAAAAUAAACUUCAAUAUUUAGAAUUUUAUGGUUAAUAUACAGAAUAGAGAUUUAUGGAAAAUAUGGCUGGUUGUAUUUGGUAAUAUUUUAGGUUUGAUGCCCAUUUCUGAAAAAUUAAAAUUGCUUGAAAACUUUCUAAAUAUGUUUGAAGAAAUGAUGUAAUGUCUAAAUACUAUUUUAAAUAACCUUGUCUAAAUUAAUUUUACUUCUUAAGACUUUUAAUAGAUAUAUAAUACAACACCAGAAAAUGUUGCUAACACUCUUUUUAAGGAUAUAAAAGUAUUAGUAAAUAUAUUUUAAGACACUUGAAGGUAUUCAUUUAGAACUACAAUAUCAAUCCUCCUUAAGAUAUUUGGAAACCGUACUAGAAGCGCUUAAUCUCAAUCCGGAUCUGUCAAAAAAGUUAUAUUUAUUCGAUGUCAAACAAUGGUCAUCAUCAUGUUAUACUCACUUAAAUCAGCAUAUCACUUCUCUUAAUAUAAAAUCUAGGGAUAAAUCAAUUUGUUGCUGCAAAGUAUGA